AUGCUCAGAACUGCUGCCGUCCGAGCUUCUUUCAGAGCUGUCCGCCCUCAGAAUGUCAGCAGGAGCUGCUUUUCGACAACUGCAGCCCCUGCUGCUUUAUCGCCGUACUCUCGCUCGGGUGGAUUGCCGCGAAAUAAGACAACAGAUAUCUCACGGAAUCAAUCGACCACUGCUGCUGCUGUAAACCGGCCCGUGCCGUCUCCAUCAUUCAACCAAGAUCCUCCGAGCGCUUCUCAGCCCGCAGCUCAUGACUUGCAUCCUUUACAGCCCAGGCAAGCGCCUGAAAUGGAUGAUUCCUUCGUAGGAAUGUCUGGAGGCGAGAUAUUCCACGAGAUGAUGCUACGACAUGAUGUCAAGCAUAUCUUUGGAUACGCCGGUGGAGCUAUUCUCCCCGUGUUUGACGCCAUCUACAACUCACCGCAUUUUGAUUUCAUUAUGCCCCGCCAUGAGCAGGGUGCUGGUCAUAUGGCUGAGGGUUAUGCACGGGCCUCAGGAAAACCUGGAGUCGUGCUUGUGACUUCUGGACCUGGAGCAACCAACGUAAUUACCCCCAUACAGGACGCUCUUAGUGACGGGACACCUCUCGUUGUAUUCUGUGGUCAAGUUCCAACUUCUGCAAUUGGUACCGAUGCUUUCCAAGAGGCCGAUGUCAUCGGCAUCUCCCGUGCUUGCACGAAAUGGAAUGUUAUGGUCAAGAACGUUGCAGAACUUCCUCGCCGCAUCAAUGAAGCUUUUGAGAUUGCGACAUCUGGCCGUCCUGGGCCCGUUCUUGUAGAUCUUCCCAAAGAUGUUACCGCCGGUAUUUUGCGGAAGGCUAUCCCAGUGCAUUCUGAUUUGCCAGCGCACCCUUCCGCCGCAUCUAUUGCUGCAAAGGAGGCCAGUAAGAGGCGUCUGGAUGCCUCAAUCCAAAGGGUCGCACGUCUUGUCAACAUGGCAAAAAAGCCAAUUAUUUACGCCGGAGCAGGAAUUAUUGAGCGACCCGAAGGACCGGAAAUUUUGGCCGCAUUCGCAGAGAAGGCAAAGAUUCCUGUCACAACAACUCUACAGGGAUUGGGUGGUUUCGAUGAGCUUGACCCCAAGUCUCUGCACAUGCUGGGAAUGCACGGAUCUCCUUAUGCUAACUUGUCCAUGCAAGAGGCCGAUUUGAUUAUCGCUCUCGGUGCAAGAUUCGAUGACCGUGUUACCGGUAAUGUCGCAAAAUUCGCACCUAACGCCAAGAUUGCUGCCUCCGAGGGACGUGGUGGUAUUGUGCAUUUCGAGAUCUUGCCUAAGAACAUCAACAAAGUCGUCCAAGCUACCGAGGCCGUUGAGGGUGACGUUGCAAACAACCUGAGUCUCCUUAUUCCCCACGUUGAAUCUGUUGUCGACCGUCCCGAAUGGUUUACCCAGAUCAAUGAUUGGAAGAAACGUUUCCCCUUCGCCUACGAGAAGGAAUCCCCCGGAUCUAUGAUCAAGCCCCAAUCCGUUAUCGAGGAACUGAGCAGGCAGACUGCGGCACUUGACAAGAAGACCAUCAUUGCAACAGGUGUAGGUCAACAUCAGAUGUGGGCCGCCCAGCACUUUAGGUGGAGAAGUCCUCGUACUAUGGUCACUUCUGGUGGGCUCGGAACCAUGGGAUUCGGCCUUCCUGCUGCUAUUGGUGCAAAGGUCGCAUGUCCUGAGGCUAUUGUUGUCGAUAUCGAUGGUGAUGCCAGUUUUAGCAUGACCCUCUCAGAGCUCUCGACUGCUGUCCAGUUCAACGUUGGUGUUAAGAUUAUUAUUUUGAACAACGAAGAGCAGGGGAUGGUCACACAGUGGCAGAGUUUGUUCUAUGAGGACCGUUACUCAUGGACCCAUCAAAAGAACCCUGAUUUCGUCAAGUUGGCCGAUGCUAUGGGACUCAAGGGUAUGAGGGCCACAAAGAUUGAGGAAAUACCUGGCGCAAUCAAGGAGCUGCUUGAGUAUGAUGGGCCAGUGCUGUUGGAAGUUGUUGUUGACAAGAAGGUGCCCGUUCUACCAAUGGUGCCUGCCGGCAAAGCCCUUCACGAGUUCUUGGCCUAUGAUCCCGAUAAGGACAAGAUGCGAAAAGCUGCUCUCAAGGCCAGAUACCCUGAUGGCGUCUUCACUACACACGAGAGGCAGACAAAAUACUAA